AGGUGUUUCGGGAGCAACGACUGCUUCGGAAACUCUACCAAUUUCACUGUCGUUGUCCUAUAUUUUAGCUUUCGGAGUGUGUGGUAGGAUACAGUUUUUUUCUAAAACUUAAGCAUCUAGGCUGGCUUACGAUAGCACAUCUGCUUUGCAAAGGUUUUCGGCGAUCAGGAGGAGUGUCUGCAACGAGAUAUUUUGAUAAGUCCUUGGUUUAGGCCUCUGUAAAUAGUAAAUGGAUUUUUCGUUAAUAUUUUCCAGCGUAUGAUUUUUGGACACCUAAGUCUUCAAAGUCGCAAACAUCUAAACAGAAAUACUUGGAAAGUGCAAAAAUAUAACUUUUACGAAUAGGCCAUGCCUGUUAUUAGACAUUCUGUAGUUAUGGGAACUCUUCACAAAUUUUUCCUUCAGCCAUACAUUGAAAGUAGAAAUAACUUCCAAAAGCCUUGUGUUCUCAGACUCGAUAUUGGACAAUAGAGUUUAUUUGCUUCCAAAGUCGUCCGUAAAGAAGCGCCUUUUGGUAUCGAAGAAAGUACUGAGAAAACAAUUUUUGCGUUGCAAGGCGUCCUGGACAAAAAAAAAUACACAAACAUCAAUCCCCUGUAUAGUUAGCUUAAAAUUCGCCCUCUUUUUUGAAUGACCACUUCAGAAUUUCUGAAGUAAUAAAAUUGUCCGUUUGAAUGGUGGAAAAGCAGGUUAUCCAUCUCGAACUCUUACCAAUUUACAAGCGCGUCAUAACCGCCUAGUUCAGUGUGAAAAUGGCCAUUACUUUCACAAAUCUAUUCUAUUUAAGUAGCACUUACCUUGCGCAACCCUAAACAAAUCCUUAAAGCACUACCGCUCAACCAUUUGUUUAAGUAUCGUAAGUAUUUUUAGCAAUCACUAUCGCCAACAAAUCGCCCCUGCCCCCAAUCUCCACCCCACAAUUGCUCAACAAACACAUUAUUCGUUCAUCGCUCGAAUGCGCAGUGACAUUUACAAACGCUUGCUACGUACAAAAACGGAACCCGAUGUUCCAUCAUUAUCAACAAUGAUGGAAGUGGCAUCAAUGCGACCAAGCGUAUGACAUACUCGUAACAAGUGAAUGAUGUACGCACGGUUGCGGUGGAGGGAGGGGAAAUGAGACAUUAAUAGUGACAGUGAAGGUGUCGUCCGUUGCCGCCAUUGUGGUUGUCGAUUUAAGUGUGUCUCCUUCCCAGAAUUCUUCUCACUAAGCCGACUGUGCCGGAGGGAUGAACGGAUGACAGUACAAAGUUGGGCUUGGAAUAUGUUUGGGACAUAAGCAACGGAAAUAACUUAGCACCUAACGCGGCCGCAAAAGGUUUUAGCCAUGAUAAAUAUUUUCAGCGUGCUAUUGUUUUGGUUAAUGAUAUGAAAAGCAAAAUGGCUCGCAGUAUCAGCUCUCCGCUCUCUCUCUCAAUGCGCUAUCAUUCUGUUAUCUUUACCGCUCUGUUACUCGCCUUCCUACAGCUCUCCGUAUUCGUUACACUAGCCUCGUCGUCUAUCGCUACCGCUGCGCCCACUCUGAUCGGUGCCGCCUCGGGCACCCAGCUCUCGAGCAGCACUCCUCAAACCGAAGCGAACGCCAAUACCAUCGCAUCGUCAUCAGGGCAUGAGCAUGGACAAUCCACAACCUCCUCGCCACUUGCGAUACUUAGCGGUGGUUCUACUAUAGAGCCCGUGGCUGGCGCCGAAACGGCUUUAGAGUCCGUCAGCACUGCCGCUCCGACACCAUCCACGCCAAGCACCACCACAACCGCCGCUACGACUACGCCCGAACACGACAUCAUCGGCUCACCGGGCCCGGACAAGCGUGAACAGGAGGCCAUACUGAAAGCACUGGAUUGGUUGAAAGAGAAACGCGCAGCUGACUAUGGUUGGGGCAAUGAUACACAUGUCGUCAUACUGGCCAAGGAAUUGUCUGGCGCACGCGAUCCCACAGAUGCCGAUGGGCAUUUGCAAGUGAUACAAGAGCUGGAGGAUACGCUGUCCGUGAAGGAGAUGGAAAUUGAGAUAUUAGCAAUGCUUGAUCGUCAUCACACGCUGCCGAAACCGCUGAAUCUGGAGAAACUUGCUCGCUACGUGCUGGCGCUUGGCUCACUCUGCAAGGACCCAAAACAUUUCCACGGUCAUGACUUGGUCGCCACGCUGCAGCAUCACGAGCCGGCACAGGACAAUGAGUUCGCCUUGGCCACGCUGUCGGCGUGUAGUGCUGCUGCGCAUGUGCGCAAGCGUCAGAUACGCCGGCUACUGGAUAUUGCAAGUGGCGUAACGGACCAAGGUGUAGACACAAUUGCGAUGGUUAUAUUGGCGCUGCGCUGCAUUGUGACCGAUCAUCGGCAUCGCCAUCUACAACACUUUGUACGACGGCCUGCCAGAGGAUUGGCCAGUUUGCAGGAUCCACGCGGCAGUUUCGGUUCGCUACGCAGCACUGCCCUGGCUAUGCAAGCACUGCAGGACCUUGAGCAUGAUCCGGCUGGCUCGUGGAAUCGCACUGCUGCUUCGCGAUGGAUUUUGGGUCGACAGCGCGAGGAUGGUGGUUGGACUGAAGAACCACUGCAUGAUGGGCAGGAUCCUGGCAUCGGUGUUGGUUUGACAGCGGAUAUAAUAUUGGCGCUUGGCUGGAAGGGACUGGGCGCGGUGCGUGCGCUACAAUGCGAUCAUGUGAUACGCGAGAACAGCGAUCCAGCUUCAGAAAAUGGCGAACCAAAACUAGCUGUGCCCUACGGACUGACAUCGUCGGCUGAAGAAUCGGACUUGAAGAAUGUCUCCUAUACAUAUACGCUGUGGGUGGGCUCAAAUGUGACGGAAGCAUUCUCACUCUCGCUCAUUUCACCAAAGAACACCAGCUUCUUCAGGGCCAUGACACAAGCUGCCGAAAUGGAUCCGAGAUUUACUUUCGAGGCGCGCGAAUGGCCCAAUGGCCACUAUGUGCAUACAUUGGCUGGAAAAAAGGAGGAGCCAAGGGGGUAUAAUUACUGGCUGCUGUAUCGUUUGCCCGAGCUACCCGAUCCCAAUAAUGCACCUGGUAAUCAGCUGAUUGCACCAGUCGGCGUUGAUGAACUCAUGGUCGAGGAUGGUGAACACUAUCUCUACUGGUACAAAAAGCUCUAAGCUGUCUAAGCAAGACUCACAAACAGCAAUAUAUAAUAGACAUACGAAGAAGAAGCAGCAAAUGGGCGAAAACGAGAAAAAAUAACUAUAGAGUUAAAUAAAAGCAAAAUAAAUAUUAAAAUGAAAAUUAUACAACCAACCUACAUACAAUAUGCUGCUAUCCAUAUACCAAGAGGCCAUAAAUGAACAAGCAAAUGCGAAUACAAAUAUACACACCAAAAUAUACAUAAUAAAUUUAUGAUAAACUACAGUUUAAGCCUAAAAAAGACGAUUCUAAAAUUUAGAAGCAGAAAAAACAAAAAUUAAAAAAAAACAAAAAGUAAAUAAUCAAACAAAAGUUCCGCGCUUUAGCAAUGGCAAACGCAAAAUUCAUACAUAAAUAUAGCAAAGCAAAUUAUUUAUAUUUAGAAAUAAAAACUAAAAUAAAACCGAAGAGAAGGCAUAAAAACUGAUAUUAAAAACAAACACAGCAACAUUGAUAUACAGGAGUAAACAAAGAAAGACAACAACAAGAUUGAUAAAUUAAAAAGAAUAUAAAAUAAUAAAUGUUGAUAAACGUGAUAAGGCAUGUGAAGGAUAAUAUUUAAUAAGAGCAGGUGAACAAAGGUCAGCACUACCAGACACAUACACACACACACA